AUGGAUCUGGAGUCCAAUUCGAUACCCCUUAAGCCGCCAUUGACGGAUCAGAAUGUGCAAGAUGCGCAGGAUCUCGCUGCCCUGGGCCAUUCCCAGGCCUUGACCCGAAAAUUCGAUAUCUGGAGUAUGCUGGCGCUGGCAUUUUGUGUACUAGGAACGUAUUCCACCUUCGCCCAGGAUCUCAGCAGCGGCUUGACCAAUGGCGGUGCCAUUACUAUUCUCUGGGGCCUGGUGCUGGUCACUGGGUGCAAUCUCUGUGUUGCGCUCUCGCUGGGCGAGUUGACCAGUAGCAUGCCCACAGCCCUCGGCCAGGCCUACUGGGUAUACCGACUCUGGAAUACCCCACUCGGACGAUUCGUGUCGUACAUGUGUGCGUGGAUCAACACCUUUGGAUGGUGGACCUUGACUGCUUCGCAGGUCGCCUUCAUGACGGAGUUCUUGUUGGGCAUGAAGACCAUGUUCAAUCCGGAAUGGGACGGCGCCAGCAAAGGGUGGCUCAAUUUCGUCGUGUAUAUUGGCGUUGUCUUUGUGCUGACUCUGAUCAACGUGGUCAGCUGCCGCAAGGAGAAGAUCUUACCCUGGUUGAACAACUUCGUUGGAGUGUGGUUCUUUGGCCUGUUCAUCGUUCUCUCCCUUGUGCUGUUGAUUUCUGUGGGAGUCAAGAGUGACCUCUCAUUCCAGCCGGCGUCGUUCGCUUUUGGCGCUUGGAAGAACGAGACCGGCUGGAGCGACGGUGUGGUCUGGUUUACUGGUUUGGUGCAGGCGGCGUAUGGUCUGACUGCAUUCGACUCAGUCAUCCAUAUGGUGGAGGAGAUUCCUGCACCGCGCAAGAAUGCCCCUCGAGUCAUCUGGAUGGCCGUUCUAUUCGGUGCCAUAACCGGUUUCAUCUUCAUGGUGGUCUGUCUGUUCUGUAUCCAGGACGUCGACAAGGUCCUCAACGCAGACCUGCCAUUCAUGGAGCUGAUGCUCGAGACAGUUGGCCUGAAGGGAGCUGCUGUCUUGAUCGCACUGUUCAUUUUCAACGGCCUCGGCCAGGGCAUUAGUGUUCUCACCACUGCCUCCCGCUUGUCAUGGGGAUUCGCUCGAGACGGCGGUGUACCGUUCGGCCAAUACUUCAGUCACGUCGAUCCAGUGUGGCAAGUGCCCGCGCGAGCACUCUGGGGCCAGGGCGUCGUGAUUGGCAUCGUCGGGAUCCUUUAUCUGUUCGCCAACACCGUUCUUGAGGCCAUCUUGAGCGUCAGCACCAUCGCCCUGACAGUUUCAUAUGCGAUGCCCAUUCUCGCUCUGCUCGUGACCGGGCGCGACAAAUUGCCUCCUGGGCCAUUCAAGCUCGGUCGCAUCGGCCCGUGGUUGAACUGGGUCAGUAUCGUGUACUGUGUCAUCACCACCAUUUUCUUCCUUUUCCCCGGUAGCCCGAACCCCGCGCCGGCUGAUAUGAACUUCGCCAUUGCCGUGUUUGGUGUGAUGUUGGUCAUUGCCCUUGCCUUCUGGUUCAUUCAGGGCAAUCGCACUUAUCUCCAGACCGAGGAUUCUAUCGCUUCCAUGGUCUACGCUCAUCAUCUUGAAAUGAAUGAGCCUGGAAUUGACGAGUCUGUGGGACCCCAGGCCCCAGUUGUUGUCGAGGAGAAGAGGUGA